AUGACCCUUCGUAACAUCAUUGGGGAACUCAAACGUGCCGAAAACAAACGGUCGAAUAGUUGCCACAUACCCGAUCGCAUCGGCCUUGCAAGAAGGGUCCUAGAGCGCAGAGACUUCCCAAAAGGCCAGACGGACAGAAGAAGCAUUUUCGCCAUCCUUUGUUUGAUGGACAUAUCGCUGCGUAUCGUUGACUUUGUCUCCAGUGAUAUCUUCGAUGGACAUAUGCCGUUUGCAUUUUCAACACCCGGCAGAGCCUGCCGAAGAGACGAGAAUGUUCUUCCUACCUUUCUCGAGCAAUGGGCAUUCAAGCAUCGCGACAUGUUCAAGAUGUACCAAGGUUCUUUCCUAGUGCCGUAUUUCAGGUUCAGCACUGGCGCCACUUCUCACAUUCCAAGAUUGGAAUUGCACCCCUCGACCGCACUACCCUUCUUGGAGGAUGAGGCUGCGAGUCAGAUCGUUGAGGUCAGCAACUAUUCGACGGUCCGCAAAGUUCAAAUCCAUGAUGCGCACCACGACUGCAAACACACUUCUCCUUACUUUGCCAUCAAACAGCUUCGCACAGAAGCUUCGGAAUCCUCCAUUCAUGAAAGCAUACACCCAGAAGUUGAAGCGUAUCGCCGUCUAAACCCAAUCGAGCAUCAGCAUAUUGUACGGUUACUUGCAACCUACACCAAGGACAACAACCUUUACAUCAUGUUCCCCUGGGCAGACAGUAACCUCUUUGACUUCUGGUGCAAGCACUUCCCAGAAGUACAUCAAUUGCCUCGGGGAGCUGGCCUGGCGCGCUGGGUUGCAAAGCAGAUGCUUGGCCUCGCGGAAGCUCUGAAAAACAUCCACAACCUACAGAUCGGUGAGCAUGAAGUUCAAACUCUAUCUCCGACUGCUCGGCAGCAGACACAUGGCAGACAUGGUGAUAUCAAGCCUGAAAAUGUUCUUUGGUUCAAGGAGUCUGAGACGAGCGGUGUUGAUGACUUCUUAAAUAGCACUCUCAAAAUCUCCGAUUUGGGUUCUGCCGAUUUCCAUAGCCUUGGGUCGAGAUCUGUUGGUCUCAGUACAACGCAUGGAGGUUUCACAGCUACCUACAAGGCACCUGAGUUCGACAUGAGAGCACGUGUAUCGCCGCUGUAUGACAUCUGGUCAUUCGGUUGCGUACUGAUGCAGUUCGUAAUCUGGUAUCUCGAUGGUCGAGCCGGCGUAGAAAGAUUCGGCAACCUUCGAACAGCUGAGUCUCAUCAACGUAUUCGCACCGACGAGUUCUUCAACUUUUACCAGACUGCAGGCGGCAGUCGUUUAACUAGCAAGGCUAAACCAUCAGUUCGCGAGGAGAUCGAUCGACUCCGAGAGCAUCCUGAUGGUAGUGACUUCGUCCUUGAUGUUCUAGAUUUGAUCCAGUCGGACUUGCUGCGAAUGGACUACAAGAAGCGAGCCGGGUGCGAUCAGAUUGUGAAGGAUUUUGACAAGAUCAGCCAGCGUUGCGAACGUGACCCGGCCUACUGCACCGCAAGAGCACCCCGCGUUAUGCGCAAAACGCGCACAGACCUCUCAGAUAGCGUGGUGGUAGAGCUGUCGAAGGAGACAGAAGAAGAGGUCAAGGCGGGCUUUCCGCCCCAAGGAUCGAGCGGAUUCGAAACUCCAACCUCAUCUGAGCCCAAAGCCCCACUGUUGAGUUCUGGCGUUACGCAGCCCCCAGAAGUCCCCAAGCCAAUACAGACCACUCAGACAAGCCCCGGUUUGGGACAAAAGCAGCCGAAAUCCCCGCCUCUGUACGCGGACAUGAAAGGUAUCGAUGGCGACACUGGCAGCUCCACCAGCACACAUCGGGUACCGCGAAGGCGAGAUCAACUGGUCAAGCUGUUUUCUAUGUUCACUUCCUGUGCAAGAGCUUCGUGA